AUGGCGGCCGCUCUGGGAAGCCAGGGAAAUGCUGCAACCAAUGCAUUCAAGGAUAAAGAGAAGCCAAUGGCUGUCCGCACAGCCAAUAUUAUGGCUGCUAGAGCUGUCGCCGAUGCUAUAAGAACGUCACUUGGGCCGCGAGGAAUGGAUAAAAUGACAAACGAUGGAAACACAAUGUUAAAGGAUAUGAGUGUGAUGCACCCGGCGGCUAAAAUGUUGGUAGAUUUGAGUGCUGCUCAGGAUGUUGAAGCUGGUGAUGGGACUACAUCCGUUGUUGUUAUUGCGGGAAGUUUAUUGGGAGCUGCUGAGCGAUUACUUUCGAAAGGAAUUCAUCCGACCGUCAUCUCUGAGUCCUUCCAGAGAGCCGCAGCAGCUGCGGUGCAGAUACUCCAUGAUAUGUCCCAGCCUAUCUCCCUUUCGGACCGGGCGACUCUUCUACAAGCAGCAUCUACCUCUCUUUCAUCGAAAAUCGUUUCUCAAUACUCGAACCUCCUUGGACCAAUGGCAGUUGAUUCCGUUCUUAAAGUAAUAGAUCCAAGAACCUCUGAUAAUGUUGACCUUCGAAACAUCCGCAUUGUUAAGAAGGUCGGCGGUACGAUAGAGGAUAGCGAGAUGGUGGACGGUCUGAUUCUCAAUCAGCCAGUUCUAAAGAAUGCAGGUGGUCCAACAAGGAUUGAGAAAGCGCGCAUUGCUUUAAUACAAUUCCAGCUGAGCCCACCUAAGCCUGACAUGGAGAACCAAAUUGUGGUCAACGACUACAGACAAAUGGACAAGAUCCUCAAGGAAGAACGUACUUAUCUUCUCAACAUGGUCCGGAAAAUCGCCAAGACCAAAUGCAACGUUCUUCUGAUUCAGAAAUCGAUCCUUCGUGACGCCGUUAAUGACCUCUCGCUUAACUUCCUGUCUCGAGUGAAGAUUCUGGCGAUUAAGGAUAUUGAGCGUGAUGAAGUGGAAUUCAUUUGCAAGAGCCUUGGAUGCAAACCAAUUGCCAACGUCGAGUCUUUCACUGAGGAUAAACUUGGUACGGCAGACUUGGUCGAAGAGGUCAAUUCGUCUGGAUCUCGAUACGUGAAGAUUACUGGUGUUCGCUCUGCAAUGGCAAGCCAGACUGUUUCUAUGAUCGCUCGUGGCGCGAACAACCUCGUCCUCGAUGAAGUUGAACGUUCUCUCCAUGAUGCCCUCUGCGUUGUUCGGUGUUUGGUCAAAAAGCGAGCAUUAAUCGCUGGUGGUGGCGCACCUGAAAUAGAAAUUGCCCACUCGUUGGCGAAGCAAGCUCGCGCGUUGUCGGGUACUGAGGCAAUAUGUUGGAAGGCUUUUGCUGAAGCUAUGGAGGUUAUUCCGGUGACUCUAGCCGAAAAUGCUGGGCUGAAUAGCAUCAAGGUGGUGACAGAUUUGCGCCAUCGGCAUGCAAUGGGCGAGAAGAACGCGGGCGUUAGUAUCCGCAGCGGUGGAGUGAAGGAUAAUAUUGCCGACGAGAGGGUUUUGCAACCAUUGCUUGUGAGCACGAGUGCUAUUGAGCUCGCAGCUGAGACUGUGAAAUUGAUUCUACGCAUUGAUGACAUCGCUCUGUCGAGAUAAGCGGAAAGAAAAUGACAAACACGUGAGCCACUAGCAAGGCACAAGUCGCCUUAACCAUUUUUUUGGGGGAGGCAGAUGGGCAGGAUUUGAUGUUCUAUUGAGGCACUGUCAUCCUACAGAU